AUGUUGGCAUCUGCUUCGAACCCGGAAGCGACGCUAGAGCACGACCUCGCUAAUCUCACCAUCACACGUCGUCCCUCUUCUUCACCAGGUUCGCCUCAACCCAAGGAGGGAGAGAAAGAAGAUAUCCAAGAGAAAGUAAAAGGAAAGGAGAAGGAUAUUAAAACCCAAUGGAUCGAACAAGAAGGCAACAUAAAAAUCUACGAAAACGACCGGGAGAAAACACCAACCUCUUCAUCCAACAUACCAACUAAAAACCGCACCCUUGCAACCCAAGAUCAAGAAUCUAUAACAGAUGAAAAUCUAGAGCCAGAACGAGAACAAGACCCAGAACAAGAACACGAAUACCAACUCCUUCCCCCCGCCGUCCCAUCCUGGGACCCCUGUCUCCACCCUUUCAAAGAGGACAACCCAUUCCUAGAUCCAGAACUCGAGCGUCCCGUCUGGACAUUCGCCGACGAUAUGAAUGCCCAGAAGCGUGUGUUGCUAUGGUUACGCGGUGUGCAGAAGUUCAGGGGCACUGAAGAAAUGAGGGAGCAGGAUCGUUUUGCGAGGGUGAUUUGGGACGUUGUGGAUGAGGAUAUGGUAGAGACGGAGAGGGAGUUGAGGAAGGAGAAGCUUGAGCGUGUUGAGAAGAGGGUGAGGGAGCGGAUGGAGAAGGAACUUGAUGGGGGAUGGGAUGUUGUGGAGAUGGAGAGGAGGGUUACGGGUGAGAUGGUGAGGAGCGGGUGGUGGUAG